AUGAACCAAUUAUCCGAAUCAACAGUUCCUUUCGUACUAGUUGAAUUCUUAUUGCAACAAUACUUCAUCAGUAGAGAAGAGCCAACAUCGAAACAACGUCAUUAUGAACGCUUGGCUGCCACAAGCCAGUUGGUAACUUUUCUGGCACCUCUAGCCACAAGGAUAUGCCGCCCCAGUCCUUUAAAGAGUUUCGAGCAACAAUUGAAACCAUUUUAUGGUAACAAUGUCAAAGAGGAGUAUUCAGAAUUUUUUACAAGGGCAAAAAUCUGGAAAAAAGCCACUGGUAGUAAUAUUUUAGCUCAAAUUAUACCGGAAAGACAAGUCCAAGCAAAAAACGAAAUACUAGGAUAUAUCAGCCAAGAGAAAAUCCUAUUGCUUCUUGAAGUUUCUAAUAGAAAAGAGUCAAAGGAUAAUAAACGGGAGGAAACUCUGACAAAGAAACUUAGGCGUCCCCAAGAAUCUUGUGCACCAAAGAAACUCAAAAGAAAACUCUGGCGUCCCCAAGUAGUUUUCAAGAAACUUGGUGGAGUCAAAGAAACUUCAAAGAAAAAAGCCAAAAGUAAAAACCCAUGA